AUGAGCGCCAUAAACAGCAGCUUUGUCUGGGUCACACCCUCUCUGCCUCAGGGACCCUUAGGCAGGAGGUACUCCGUGGAGACCAAGUUCCGUGGACACUACCAUAUCAUAGAGAUGAGGCAGCCAUUCAUUGUGCUGCUGGUGUUUGUGAGCUGUGCAGUGGGAGCUCUGUUGAGAACCAUUCUGAAGAAAUCAAACAUUCCCAUUAUUGUAAUUCUUUGUUUGAUUGGAGUUCUCCUUGGAGUAGUGGGCUACUUUGUAAAGGAGGUACUCAUUUUGACAGAAUACGUUGCAGAAAUUGAUCCGAUCCUGUUUCUUCAUAUGUUCACACCUGUUAUAAUAUUUACUGCUGCUUUUGAAAUGGAUUUUUAUAUAUUUCGGAAAUCAUUUUGGCAGAUAUUGCUACUUUCAGUUCCUGGCUUUUUGCUGAAUUGUACUUUAAUUGGAUGGUUAACUUAUAAAAUCAAUAAGUAUAACUGGAACUGGCACGUUAGCAUGUUGUUUGGAAUCAUUCUUAGCACAACGGAUCCUAUCCUCUCUGUGGCUUCUGUGAAAAACAUUGGUCUUUCAAAAAUCAUCAUUCAUCUAAUUAAAGGAGAGUCUUUGUUCAAUGAUGCUACCACUGCAAUUGUUUUUGAAAUUUACAGGGAUCUUGUAUCUGACCCACAUACUGAAGUUGCAAAAGAAAUUAUUAUUAAACUAGUAUUAAAAUUUUUUGCAAGCACCAUAUUUGGAUUUUUGAGUUCAAGAAUAGUUAUAUAUUGGCUAUCUCAUAUCUUCAAUGAUGGAUUAACUGAAGUAAUUCUCAGCUUCUCAAUGGCAUACCUGACUUUCUUCAUUGCUGAAUGGAUUGGAAUGUCUGGUGUUAUCUCGCUCACUGUUUUGGGAAUUCUUUUAAAUUCUGUAAGCUUUAGUCCAGGGGUUGAUACAUUUAUCAUUAGGUUCUGGGCAAUGCUGACAUUUUUGGCUUAUGUUAUGAUAUUCAUUAUAAUUGGAAUUGUGAUAGCUGUAAAAACCUUUCCAUAUGUGACUAUUCGUGAUUUGUUUUAUAUCUUAACACUCUACCUUGCAUUGAAUCUUAUAAGAGGCCUAGUUGUUUUGUUCUUGAGCCCUCUUCUGAGCCAUCUUGGUUAUGGAUUUAACUGGCGCUGGGGAGCUGUCAUUGUCUGGAGUGGAAUGAGGGCUACUUUUACUUUGAAUAUGGCUCUUGGGAUUAGCCAAUCAAAAGAUCCGGGUACUGCAGCAAUGAAGAACAUGAGAACAGCAUCAUUAAUGACUUUGAUGAUUAAUUCUACCACGGUGAAAAAGCUGGUUACAACAUUGGGUCUAUGUAAUAUUACUCUUCCAAAGCGUAUGGCAAUGUACAGUGCUGUUCAGCGUAUAAAAGAAAUGGAGGCCAACACAUUUUCCAUGUUGAAACUUGAUAGAUUUUUAGCUGAUGCAAAUUGGACUAUGACUGAAGAAGCAAUUAAAACUGAUUACCCUUAUAAGUUUGACAUAGAGGAAGUUUCCCAAAUUGUUAGAACACUUAAACGUCCAGAUUGUAACACAGACAUUUCAUAUGAGACAACACCUCAACAAAUUGCUGACAUACUGGAAGAAGUCAGGUUACGUCUUUUAACAGCACAAAUAGCCAGUUAUCAGAAGCAAUACCACACUAGAAUGCUUAACCAAGAUGCUGCCCAAACAUUAAUAGGCUCAGCAAAAAGCUAUGUUGAUAUUAGAGGAAAGUAAAUUUUUAACAUUCAUGAGGUAAAGACAUAUUGGGAAAGUAAAGGACUACUAGUUUCCUUUAAGAAAUUGUUAUCUGAUUGGGUUUACAAUGUGAAGGAUGAAAAAUCUAAGCCAUCAAGGAACAAGAUUCUGAAGCUGUGUCACGAUAUAGUAUUUAUGGAUGAAUUUGAGUACACAAGUUAUAUUAUUACAUUAUUGAAUUUCAUUCCCAUUCUAAUGCAUUUUAUAACACCUCUAGAUGAAAUAUAUAUUCAACAACUAAAAAUAUGUAACUAUUAUUUCAUCGGUUUGUAUAUACUGGAGGCAUCAUUAAAGGCUUUAGCCAUGGGGAAGGCUUACAUCUUUCAUCAUUGGAAUCAAUUUGAACUAGUAAUCAUAAUAGUUGGACUCAUAGAUAUCAUGAUUAUUAAUAUCUUUAAGCCACUUCACCCAACAUAUCAUAUGAUUAAGACUAUCAGGGUAUUCCGAAUCAUUCGCCUUAUUAGAGUUCUGCGUCUUUUGAAGCUUGUGAUACCAAGACUGAUAAACCUAUUGGAAAAACAAAUACAACAGUUAACCUUUGGAUAUGAUAUUGCUAAGGGAUAUGUGCAAGGUGAAGAAGAUACAAAAUAUUUAAUUGAACAGAUUAGUCAUGAGACAAUUUCUAAGAGGGUGAUGGAGUUGCUGCUCCAUCUGGUAGACCUCCAGUAUUCUGAAUCAACCAGCCCUCCUCUAAGAAUAAAUAAAAUUAUGGAAAAGAAUAAACAAGAUGGUAUGAAAGAGCUAGGUUUAAUGCAGCGUGAUUAUCCAGAUAUUGUUACUUCUGUGAAAACCAAACAGGCAGUCCAAACUGUGCUAAACACAGCUACAGAAACUCUUAAAGUAUUGAUAUCAAGUGGAGUUGUUGAUAAAAAUGAAGAAGCAAAAUUACAAAAGGUAAUAAAAGAAAAAAAAAAAAACCUUGGCACUCUUCCAUCUACUAUUGCACCACCUACUGCAGAGGAGCUUUUACGCAGUAUCAGUUGGUUAGAAAAUGAAAAGAACCAAAUUGAGUUCAUCCAGAAAAGAGCAAGGCUCCUUUGUUAUGACUAUGGAGACAUUAUAUGUGAGGAAUGUGAAAUGCCACAAGGAAUCCACCUAAUUAUUUCUGGAAUGACAAAGCUUUGUGGUUCCAGUCCCUGCUAUGGAGUUGCUAAAGAUGUAUAUGAACCAAGAGAUCCUAAAUGGGUGCCAUAUACUGACUACCUGGUCAGUGGAGCAAUAAUAGGAGAGUUGAACUGCCUAACUAAGCAAGAAAUGGAAUAUACUGUUACCCGUGAAACUGCUGUUCAGACAUGUUUUAUUUCUAUGGACAACUUGUUCGAAGCUUUUGAUAAGUUUUUAGAAUGCCCAUCUUUGGAAUAUAAAAUAUGGUUAAAACUUGCUCUUGAUAUCACUAUCAAAACUUUCAAGGAAAACCUUGCUUACCAGGAUUGGUCAUAUAAGAUGUGUACAAAGUUGCCUAAUGUUUAUGUGAUGGAUGUACCAACCCACAGCAAAUGGGAUAUUUAUGAUGGAACUAUGGAUGAUGUUAUUCUUGUACAUGGAAGUGUACAAGAUUGUCAACUACUGCAACCUUACUUUGCACCCUGUAUUUUACCUAAAACUUGCCAUCAGGUACAAGGAACUGCUGCAGUAACACAACUGCUAAUUGUACGAACUACUACCACUACGAAGAGGAAGAGUAGUAGAAGAUGCAGUAAUGUAUGUCAAUAUCACUCAUCUGGUCGGAGACAGGGUGAGGAAGAAUGUCUCUCUCAUAUGCAUGUAAUUCUUAAAAAAAUGUGUAAAAAAAUGCAUGGUAUUUAGCACUUAAUUAUCUAGAAUAGUUGAGGCUACAUUAGGUAACAUACCAAAACAAACCAUUUUCAAGAGGCAUCUAGAUGGAAAAAGAAUUAAGUAACUAUAACUCCCUCUCACCCCACCUGCUUCAGUCAAUUGCGAGGACUUUCUGAACAGUUUAGUCUGUUCCAGGUAGAAAGCCAGAGCCCGUCUCUCAUCCAGCGUGUGGAAGCGGCGCUCCUCACUGGAUGAAUGGAGCUUGGGGCAGAGGACCAGCAGAAAAAUGUCCUGACCAAUGUGAUAGGCGGAGACCACCUUUGGGAGGAACGAGGGGUGUGGGUGGAGCUUGACCAUACCCUUAUGAAACGCCAUGUACGGGGGCUCGGAGGUCAGGGCCCUGAGCUCCAAGACCUGCCUAGCUGAAGUGAUCAUGACCAGGAGCACAUGACUAGCAGCUCCAACAGGGGCCCCAUGAGAUGGGCCAAAAUCAAGUUUAGGUCCCACUGGGGGCCUAACAUACGGGAAGAGACGAUCCAAACCCUUAAGGAAUCUGCCAGUCAUAGCAUGGGAGAAUACUGUGUGGCCCUGCACCAGUGGAUGGAAGGUCAAUAUGGCCACCAGGUACAUCUUGACUGACAAGGGUGCCAGGUCCUGGACUUUAAGGUGAAAGAGGUAGUCCAGGAUAAACUGGAUUGGGGCAGCCACCAGGGAAAUGCCCUACUCAUCGGCAUAUCUGGAAAACCGAGACCACUUUGCCAAAUAGGCUUGGUGCGUGGAGGGCUGCCUGCUUUCUAAGAGGACACGUUGAACCCCUUCUGAGCACGUCCUUUCCUCCCUACCUAACCAUUGAGCAGCCGCACUGUGAGGUGGAGUGCCACUAGGUUGGGGGUGGAGUAAGCGGCCCUGAUCCUGGGAGAGCAGGUCCAGGCAGGAUGGCAACUGCCGGGCCCAGGAGGGUCCUGUACCAAUGCUGUCUGGUCCAUGAUGGGGAAAUCAGAAGGAUCUGGGCCUUGUCUGUCUCUCUUUUCCAGGACCUUGCUGAUCAGCGGGAACAGAGGAAAGGCAUAGAGAAACUGGCCUGACCAGGACAGGAGGAAGGCAUUGGAGACAGUGCUCUGUGCCAGCUCCCACAGGCGCAGAACCAGAGACAGCAAUGGUUCUGCCGAGUUGCAAACAGGUCCACCUGGGGAGUUCCCCACACUUGGAAAAGUCUGUGCACCACCUCUGGGUGGAGGGACCACUUGUGCUGAGAAGAGAAUAUCCUACUCAAGUGAUCCGCCAGCGCAUUCUGGGGACCCGGCCGAUAGAAGGCCUAUAGGCAGAUGUCAUGGGCCAUACAAUAGUCUCUCAGCCUGAGGGCUUCAUGGCAGAAGAUCUGGCCCCGCCUUGCCUGUUGAUGUAGAACACUAAGGCCGUGUUGUCUAUGAGAACCCUGACCACUUGGCCCUCCAGAUGCGAGCGGAAGGCCAUGCACGCCAGUUGUGCUGCCCUGAGCUCCUUGACGUUUAUAUGGAGGGUCAGAUCCCAAGUGGACCACAGACUUUAGGUCUGAAUGUCCCCACAUGGGCCCCCCAUCCCAGAUCUGACACAUCUGACACAAGCUCCAGGGCCUGUCCCUGAACAGGACCCCUUGGAGCAUGUUUCUCAGGAAGGACUACCACCCUAGGAAGGUGAUCACUGGUUCAGGUAUCGUGAGGACUUUGUCCAUCCUGUCUCUGGCCUGAGAGAACUCCGAGGCCAACCAGAGCUGGAGGGGCCUCAUCCUGAGUCUGGCGUGAUGGACCACAUACGUGCAUGCUGACAUAUGACCCAAGAACUGGAGGCACGCUUUGGCUGUUGUCACCAGAAACCUUGCGACCGUGGCAAUGAGCACCUUCAGGGAGUCGAACCUUUCUGGUAGGAGGGAGGCUCUGGCCAACAAGGCAUUCAGGGCCACGCUGAUAAACUCUAUGCGUUGAACUGGGACUAGUGUGGAUUUGAUGUUUACCAACAGGCCCAAAAUGGUGCACGUGGACAGGAGCACCAUAUAAUCCCCCACCUGCAACCGGGAGGUGCUCUUGACCAACCAAUCUCCAGAUACGGGAAGAUCUGGACCCCCCAGUGCCUGAGGUAGGCCGCCACCACAGACAUACAUUUCAUGAAUAUCCUGGGGGCAGUGGACAGGCCAAAUGGGAGGACCGUAAAUUGAUAGCGCUCAUACCCCUGAGGUCAGCUGUGGCCACUCUGGGAGGAAAGCACACAGCCGAUUGGAGAAGGGAAGCUUUAUUGGGGGUGGAUCCCUGAUGAGAACUGUCAGGGUGCCCCCAGGUGUCCCAUGAAAACCGCCUUUUCCCCACCUGCUUGCCCUUGGAGUAUCGAAGCUGGCAGAAAGGGCGAGACUGCCUCUGUAGGCAUGUCUUAUAGUCCCAUGACUUCUUAGAAGCAGUCUCAUAUUUUGGGUUGGUGGCCUGAGUGGGAGUCUGCUGCAGCUUGAACUUAGUUUUGGCUGAAAUCUGGAGACCUAGAGUCGGGAGAGUCAUGUGGGAGUCUGUAAAAGCAGC